UAAAAUAAACCGAGAAAGGAGAUACAGAGAGAGAAUGGCGGUUCAAAGAGUAUAAAGGAAGCAGAAACCGAAGGGUGUACCGUAUUUUCCUAUUCUGGAAUUCCUGGAUUAUAAAAUAUGAACAAAAAAAUCACUGAAUUGGAGCCAUCAACAAGCAGAAAGCGCCGACGAGAUGAAGAAUCUGAGGCCGAAUUGGAUAAUGACGACGACGAUUCACAAUCUCUUUCCCUAGAGGAGAAUUUCACCUUCAGCGAUACUCUUAUGGCGCUUCGGAUGAUGCGCAGUCAGUUUCCUCGUACUGAAAAGGUUACGGUUCAACCUUUCGUUUUACGGUCGCAGUUGUACAGCAGCUUAAAGGAUAGGACACAAGUGGAUAUGGAAUUAGAGUCUUUGCGAAGGGACAGGGUGUUGCGGAUCUUUAAGUUAAACACGGGGCAGGACGAUCAUGCCGUAAUGUUUAUGGAUGACUACAUUAAUCAGAUCGAACGUGUUGUGAAAAGGAUGGAAGAUAAGAAGCAAGAUGAUAUCAGAGUUUUCGAGUGGUUUAAGAUACAUGUCAUACAAUCCAAGCUCGACACCAGCAUCGGUCAUCAAGAACUUUUUUCACUUCUAUCUUGGGGGGGAAAGGUUAGAGAGGAACACAUCUCUCAACUAAUUAAUGCUGGUCUUCUUAUUCGGCAACUUAUUGAUCAAAACAUGUAUUGGUUUUCGAUUCCAAACAUUGGUUCGGUGCUCAAAGGUCUCUCACAGGGGAGGAAGGAGGUUUUGUCUUUUCUGAACCGUAGGAAAUAUAAGGAGAUGAUGUUGGUUUCUUUGGAGAAGAAACGCCUUCGACUUUCUCCGCUCGAUAUGAGAUUUCAUCUGCGAGAUUUAAUUGGUUCGGGCCACCUCAAAACUAUUCAGACACCUAGUGGUUUGAUUGUUAAGAUUGCUAAAGAUUAACUCCAGGUACACAUUCCCUUCAUUUUCCACACUCAUGAAAUAAAACAUUCAACAAACAUUUAUAUAUAUAUUUAUUUUUUUAAAUUUUUGUUUUGAUUUAUUUUUUAUAAAUCGACACGCUAAACGGACUUGUUUCAGUCCCAAAAGGGAUGUGUUUUGUUAGCAAAUGCUGCCUAAUUUUCUGGCCUCAAAUAGUGAUAUAGUGAAAGAUUAAAGCAAAACAAUUAGUCUAAAAAUGGAAAUUCUUAAUUGAGCUGAUUACUCGUUAAUUACGAAUCAUUUCUCGAUAAGUGUUUCUCGAUGAUUCGUCAACAAUCAUUGGCCCUUUAUUAUUGCUUGUAUUGGAGAAAUGUAUUAUCACAUCGAAUUCUCUCAUCUGAAGCAACGUGUGUGCCACGUGGAGCCACUUGACUGGACUGUUACUAAUUUUGGACCGUCACCAUUCAUUUUAAUUUCAUCGAACUUUUGCCCCAAUUUCUUUUUUCUUUUUUUGAUAUAUAUACUAGAUGUAUACCAGAAGUUUGAAAAAUGGUAGUCAUUGCUACUGUAUGCUAUGGAUCUUAAUUUCAUAUAUAUAGAAAUUGCGGCUGUUGUAUCUAUAUGCUAGCUAACUUGAAGAUCACGUUUUUUAUUCAAUACUCAGCCACU